AUGCACAUUGAUGACGACACGGAUGAAGACGCACUGGUAAUUUUAUACGGUCUGUUGCCUGCCCGAGAGUAUGAGAUUGAGCUGGCUAUUGCUUCCGGGGAAGACAGUAUCCGCGGGAAGAUUACAACUGAGCCUUCCCAUGUAGACGGGUCCGUUCUUGAUUCGGAUCUCAUCGACGAGGCUCACACCAACAUCAAUUCUACCCAACCCCCCAACCCUGCUACAACGCGUUCAGCAACGCCUACCUUAGAUUCUCCCCCAAAUCCACCCCUCACAGUGGAGGAACGCGCAUCUCAACUCCUCCAAGAACUCUCUGCGCUGAGCGCAGAGAAGGAAGCCAUUGUGGCAAGACUUAAAUCUGCCCGAAAAGAGUCUCAACGAGCCGAUCAUGCACUCCGCAAUGAGAUAGAGGCUCUCAAACGAGCGUCUGAGAAGGCGGCUCAAACUGAUUUACGAAAUCGCCAGAGGUUUAUUGCUUUGCAGGGGGCAACAAGGCAACUGUUGUCGGCCUCAGUGGAGGCAGACGAGCAGGUGAAGCUUGUGGAAGAGUCCUUACCACCACUUGAGGACCGGCUGCGUGCUGUUGAAACCGAGUAUCAGGAAGUGCAGAAAGAGGCCGCUAGAUCUAGAGCGCAGGUCCAAGAGGCUCUCAAGUCCGACAAACGACGGGUGGUGGAGAUGGAGGUGCAGCUGGCUUCUUUAAGCCAUCGUCUUGAUAAACUUUCGACCAAAAGAGACAAAUUGGUAUCAGAUACAGUUCCAACAUUAGAGGACCGCUUAUCUCAGCUAGGGAAGGAAAUUGAAGAAGUCGAACGCUCGAACGAAUCUUCGGAAACGUCAGCACCUAUUGGUGCUGCAGUCGCAGAUUAA